AUUGGACCUCACUAUAUUUCACUGAUAUGAAUUGUGGAUUUUCUUAUUUUUCUGAACAAAUUUCCUGGUGUUAUGAUGUUUCUUGUCCUUUUAAAAGAACUAGGCCUAGGGAAAAUAAAUCAAACUUAUGGAUCUCAAAUGAUUCAGUCAAAGAGAGCAAAGCCUUAAGAGAUUUGUUUUGGUUAAUUUCCACUAACUGUAAUGUGGACCAUCAAGCUAUGCAAUUGUAUAAACAAAAAAUUAAAGAACACAAAUUAAAUAUAAAAAAAGAAAAAAGUCACUAUUACGAUUCAAAAAUCAGGAAAUCCAGUAACAAAACUAAACAAGUUUGGAAAAUAAUAAAUAAUGAAUUGGGAAAUAAAAAAAGGGCACUUGGAAACAAACCUAUUACUCUAAAAAAUGAAUUAAAGGAGGAAAUUAACAAUCCACAAGAAAUUUCAAACCUUUUCGUUGAACAUUUUUCAUCUUCUGCCGAAUUGCUCAUCUCAGAGCACUUUGGUCAAAAUGUAUUACUUCCCUGUACCUAUUCGAAGAAUACUGUUAGUCAGUAUCCCUUCGAUACAUCCCCAUUCACAAAGACAGAAAUUCUAGGUACUCUGGAAACAAUGGCAAAUAAAAACUCCGCAGGUACUGAUGGUAUCUCAAUAGUUACUGUGAAAAAAAUUGUAGACCUUAUAAUCGAGNCCAUAUUUUUUGUUUUUGUAUUGUUCACCUUCUGUAGUUUUAUUAAUGUUUUUUAA